UUUCAUAUAAUGGCACAGAAACAGGAAAGUUUAGACCCGAGUGGGAGUACAUCCAAGAAUGAAGCUUUAAGAAGGAACUCAAAAUCUGUAUUGAAGAAGGUGAGCAAAGCUUAUGAUAUUUUCUCUGUGUAUCAAACGAACUCUCCUAGAAUAAAGAGAGAGAAAAGGAUGACAUAUCACACAGACAAAGAAGUUCAUAGAUUUCCCCGGUCAAAGUCUAUUAGCCACAAAGGAGAAAGGACGAAGAAGAAGUCCUAUCUUGCUACUCCUAACGAGUAUAAUAACGAGCAUAUUUCGCAACUCUAAGUAAUGAUGCUAAUAACCGUAGCAUGUUCGAAAUCAUGAUGAAUAAGAAAGCAUCAGAGAUGAACAUAAAGGUCCUAAAUAACCGAAUUAUGUAUUUAAACAGUACAGAACAGAAGGCUAAUAGACAGCUAGCUCUUGCCAAGAAACGUGCGAAUGAGAUAUCGAAGAUCAAGAGAUCCAAGUUUGAAUAUUCACAAGACCUUCAAAAUUAUAAGCACCAUCUCAACAAUCAGCUGAGCCAGAAGAAAAGGGAAAUAUCUGAUACUAGGAAGAAGCUUAAAGACAGUAUUAACUAUAAACAGACAGAAAAUUUGCACUUGAAAAGAAAAAUGAGACACCAAAUAAAAAGCCUUACAUCACAAGGCCUUGAGAAAAGGAAGAUGAUUAGCCUUUAUGAGCAGAGGCAGAAGGAAAUUGAGAAAAUAAACUGCCUCGCUGAAAAAUACAGAAACCAGAACAAGCGCAAUAGAGGAAUUCAGAGGAGAAUGUCUCAGUUAAAACAGCUAUACUCUCAGAAGAAAAUAUUUGGGCUAAUGAAUGCUGAGAAUAACGUCCAGAAGGCAGAGAAGCUUGAACGGGUUGAGGAAGAGCUUAUGCAAAAACUACACACUACAUACCAAAAGGUAAAUGAGUUCAUGGAGCAAUCUAAUAGUUUUGACAAUUUUGCUAAUAUUGUUAAAAAUAACGUUCAGUACAAUACUAAGUACCUCAAACCUCUUUCAAGGGUUGAGAAAAAUGAGGAUAAGAGCAAGACUAAUAGGUCAGUUCAGAAUAUUAAACCCCAUGUGAUAAAGGAGGACUAAAGUUCCCCCUGAGCUCCAAGUUAGGAUGACUAUUUAAAAGCUGAGUUUCAAC